UUUAACAUGCCGUCAGUCUGAAUUAAAUGGCGCUGUUUUUGCUAGCAUUUUUAAUAAAGUAACUGUCCAAAAAUGUCCAGUGGAAGCGAUCAGUAUUACAGCGACGAGGAGGAGAAUUCGGUGGUGAACAACACGAGCUCUGGGCGAUCAAGCAAGUCCUCGCGUCUCAGCAGCCAAAACAGCAAGGGCGAUGGCGUGGUCAUUGAUGAAACGGAAUCGGAGGAGGAGUCGUCCCAGGUGGUGGGGCAAUCGGAGGAAUCGGAGGAGUCCGAGGUUGAGUCCGAGGAAGAGUCCGCCGAUUCUGAUGACGACAUUGUAAGGCCGCCCGCCAGGAGCACCAAAAAGAAGCCACUGGGUAUAAGUUCCGAUAGCGAGGAUAAGGAGGAAGACGAUCUGGAAGGCAACGUGCGUUCGCCCGCCAGAAACACAAAAAGGAAGACACAGGCGAUCCCCUCCGAAAGCGAGGAUGAGGACGAGGAGCUGGAGCAACGCGCCCUAUCUCCCAGCACUCGAAUGAGCAUCACUGGCGUGCGUGUCGCCGACUUCAGCGAUGGCGACAGCGAGAUUGAGUACCUCGACGAGGAGCAAGAGGCGCCCCCCGCAGCCGCUGGCGAAGCUCUUGUGCCGCGCUACACCACCCACUUCGCGGGCAAUAUCCAGGAGACCCUCCACUCGACCCUCGGACCUGCGGAUCUUGAGCCCCUGGACGACUCCAGCGGCAGUGAUGUUCUCAUACUCAGCAACAAAGAGACACCCAUUGAGGUACUAUCCAGUACGGACGAUGACGCCAGUCACAACAAAGAAAACAUGUCCGGUCCUCCUUUUAUGCGUCCAUCCAGGCCCUUCUCGCCAAGGAGUAGCGCUGGCGCUCCAGUGGUCAAGACUACCAAAAAUCUCAGCCAGCCCACAAUACAGGCGGCCCUCAAGCAGAGAACUUCGCCAUCCGCUCCGGUUCGUUCGCGUGUGAAGUCCGAGGAUCAGCAGGUGGUCAGCCAGGUGGUCUUCGAUGAGGAGAUGCGCAAGCUGGCCGAAAAGCGCGUUCAGCUGUCCGACGCGGAAAAGCUGUUUGAAAAAGUGGCACACAAGCUACCCGACAAGGGCAGCCAGAUUAGAAAACGCAUCGACACCCUACGCCUGGAACUCGAAGGGGUUCAGCAAUACGUGAAGGGACUGAAGGUGGAGCCGAGCAAGAUCCCCGCCAGCCAGGCGGUUAAGCCAGCGUUUAAUGCCCCCAAAACCCCAUCUCUCGACGCACCAGACUGGGAUGAGUUGUCGGCGGCGGUCCAUGAGAUACAGCCUGUCUACACGGGCGCCCAGGGAAUGGCCACGUUCAACAACCAGAAGGCGUUGACCCUUGAAUCUCUGAAGGACCUCCAUGGCUCACUGAAGGAUUGCCCUGGUCCCGAAGUGCUGGCGGAGGAUCCACAGGGCUUAAAAGUGAAGCUAAUGGAACACCAAAAGCAUGCCUUAGCUUGGAUGUCAUGGCGCGAACGGCAACUCCCUCGCGGAGGAAUUCUGGCCGACGACAUGGGCUUGGGCAAGACCCUGACCAUGAUCUCAUCCGUGCUGGCAUGCAAGAAUCGGCAGGAGAGAAGCGAGGCCGAAGGUCAUAGCAGUGACAGCGACAGUGAGGAUGAUAAAAACAAGAAACGCAAAAGUACAGCCGAAUGGACAUCUAAGGGUCGCAAGGACACUCACAAGGGUGGUACAUUGGUGGUGUGCCCGGCCAGCUUGUUGCGUCAGUGGGAGAGCGAAGUGGAAUCCAAAGUGGCCCGCCACAAGCUGACCGUUUGCGUGCACCACGGCAAUAACCGCGAGACCAAGGGCAAGCACCUACGCACCUACGACAUCGUGGUGACAACAUACCAAAUUGUAGCACGGGAGCACAAGAACUUGAGCGCAGUGUUCGGCGUUAAGUGGCGUCGAAUCAUCCUGGAUGAGGCUCAUGUGGUGCGCAACCACAAGUCGCAGUCAUCACUGGCAGUCAGUGACUUGCGGGGAAAAUAUCGUUGGGCGUUGACCGGUACUCCUAUCCAAAACAAGGAGUUGGAUGUCUACGCUCUGCUGAAGUUCCUGCGUUGCUCUCCUUUCGAUGAUUUGCACACGUGGAAGAAGUGGAUCGACAACAAGAGUGCUGGCGGUCAGAACCGCCUCAACCUGCUGAUGAAGUCGCUCAUGCUGAGGCGAACCAAGGCGCAGCUCCAGUUGGAUGGCAAGCUGAACAAUCUGCCUAACAAGGAGCUCCGCUUGAUGGAGAUUUCGUUGGGCACCGAAGAGAUGAAUGUUUACCAGACAGUGAUGACUUAUUCAAAGACUCUCUUCGCACAGUUCCUCCACCAGCGUGCCGAGAAGGACACGGAGUUUAACUACAGAAGCGAUGCUAAUAAACCGACCUACAAUCAGAUUAAAGAUCCAAAUGGGGCGUAUUAUAAAAUGCACGAAAAAUUCUCCAAAAUGGCCGGAAGCCAACGGGAGGUCAAGUCUCAUGAGAUUCUGGUGCUAUUGCUACGCUUGCGGCAGAUUUGCUGUCACCCCGGGCUGAUCGAUGCGAUGCUGGACGGAGAAGAUGCCCGAAAUGUGGACGGGCAGAGCAGUGACAGCGAUUCGCCGGAAAUAGACUUGUUGGCACAGCUCAAUAAAUUGGCCAUCACCGACACCUCUAUCGAGUCUAAGCCUUCUGUUGCCGCUGGAGCCGAUACCAGCCUUCCGCUGGGGGCAGAUGAAGCUCGUAUCGCCAAGGCUUCCAAGAAUCUUCUUAAGCGCACAAACCCGGUGUUUAAUCUGAACCGACCAUCUUCAAAGAUAUCCCACGUGAUAAAAAUACUCAAGACAUCGAUUCUGAAGGACACGAACGAUAAGGCCAUAGUAGUAUCACAGUGGACAUCAGUGUUGGACAUUCUGCGCGAUCACUUGCAUAAGGAUAGUGUGCCGACCCUGUCGCUGAAUGGAACCAUUCCGGUGAAAAACCGACAAGACAUUGUAAACCAGUUCAACGACCCCAACAACCCAAAGCGCGUUCUUCUGCUCUCCCUCACUGCUGGCGGUGUGGGUUUGAACUUAAUUGGUGCCAAUCACUUACUGCUCUUGGAUCUCCACUGGAAUCCCCAGUUGGAGGCUCAGGCCCAGGACCGAAUCUACCGCGUUGGCCAAAAAAAAGACGUCAUCAUCUACAAGUUUAUGUGCGUGGACACAGUGGAGCAGCGGAUCAAAGCCUUGCAAGACAAGAAGUUGGAGCUUGCCAACGGCGUCCUCACAGGCUCCACAGUUAGUUCCAAACUUACAAUAGACGACCUCAAAGGUCUGUUUGGAAUGUAAGCUUUGGUUAUCCUUUUACUUUUAGUUUAGUUAUUCCAUUUAUGCAUUUCCAAAAACCGCUUUUAUGUUUAUUUACAGCGAAAUAUUUAUUCAAGAUGAAUGUUAAUUUUCUUUGUUUUUAUUUCUUUGUUUCGAAGCUUUUGUUUUAAAAUUAACUAGAAUACCGUUUAAAGUGUUUGGUGAUUUAUAAUGAGUUCCAUUAAAAUUGAAAUGUGUUCUACUAA